AUGGCUAAUGAAUACCUGAAGCCAGGACAGGCAAAUAUCCUGAAUGCUGACUGUCAGAAAAGGGAAGGGAAUACGUGGGGAGUCGAAAAAAUUAAGAAACUGAAACUGGAAAUUGUUGUCUACCAUGGCAUCGACAACCAUACUGAACCCCUUCGGAAACCAAGAGGGUUUCAGUACCUUCAAUAUUUUACGGAUCCCUUCAGGCUUCCGGGACACAACAUUAACCACAACCACUACAGAAAUCCAGGUGUGGAGCUGGAGCAACCAUGGUGCUUCGUCUCCGACAUUGACACGCAGUGGGAAUACUGCAACAUACCCUUCUGCCAAGACCUCAGCCCACUUGAAUGCAAGACGGACUUGAAGGGAAAGGCAUACAUUGGAACGAAGAAUGUGACCCACAAGGGGCACAAAUGCCUCCCGUGGAUGCUUGCCACAUCAUUGGCGAGAGAAGAUCCUUUCUAUGGACUUCAGACUUAUGAGAUAAGUGAAGCGCAUAAUGUUAUAAUUACUGAUGCAGUAACUUUGAAUGCCUACACCAUAUUGGACGACAUGCACCCAGGGCACAAUUUCUGUUGA